CUCUGGCCCAUCUGCAGUGUUAUCGGGGUGUCUCUUGGCCAUCUGUACCUAUUCCUAGGGUGAUGGCAGUGAGAGUAAACCUCCAGCUACUGGGAUCAGUGUUGACUUGUUCAGAUCCAUUUCCAGGCCACUGAGCCCUCCCGGCCCCCUUCCUGAGUUUCUCACCGGCCAUUUUUCUUUCUGGUAUUAAUAGUUCCCUUCCUUUGAAUCCCCACCUUGCUCUCCCUGAAGCAUCUCUCUCUCUCUCUUUUUUGUUCUGGUUCCCUUUUCUUAGAAAUUAGCUGAGCUUUUCCUAAUUCUAACAGGGUGGCCAUUUUUUGUUGCAUCUUUGCACCUGCUUUGCAGCACAGAUUAUUUUGCUUCCGGACAUCGACUGGAAAUUAAAAGAAACCAAAAAAAAAAAAAAACCACCACCACCAAAACCCUCUGACAAAUAAGCAUGUUCCCUCUCCCCCUUUCUUUUUUUUUUGGUAGCAGCUUUCAGCUUUAACCUAAUGGGUCUGUUUAUUUUAUUCUGCAUGCUUCCAGUGGAUCGUAAAGGUGGGAAUGCUCACAUGAUUUCUUCAUCUUCAGCUCAUAGCCGAGUAGUUCACAGUAGCAGUGCGUUAGGCCCUGGGUGUAAGCACAAGAAGCCCCUGUCCGCCGCGAAAGCCUGCAUUUCGGAAAUCCUACCCUCCAAAUUCAAACCCAGGCUCUCUGCUCCCAGCGCUCUCUUGCAGGAUCGGAAGAGCAUCCUUCUGCCGUCAGAAAAGGCUCAGAGCUGCGAAAAUCUUUGUGUCUCGGGUUCUCUGAACGACUCCAGAAGAGGCCUCCCACUGCCAGUGGGGGGCAGCGUGGAAAAUCUGCUCAUGCGCUCGCGGCGGGACUACGACAGCCGCUCGAGCAGCACGCUGAGCCUGCAGGAGUUCGGCGCCGCUGCCAGGAGGCCCUGUCCACUCUCGAGGAAGGCCGGCCCGCAGUUUACCAUGCUCUACCGCGACAUGCACCACAUCAACCGGGCCGGACUCUUCCUGGGGUCCGGCUCCUCCAGCGUGCGGGAUCUGGCCUCCCACUUCGAGAGGAGCGGCCUGGCGUUGGCCCGGGGCGAGCUGGGCCCCAGCCAGGAGGGCUCGGAGCACAUUCCCAAGCACACUGUCUCCUCCCGCAUCACGGCUUUCGAGCAGCUGAUUCAGCGAUCCCGGUCCAUGCCGUCCCUGGAUCUGUCCGGCAGGCUAAGCAAGUCCCCUACACCCGUGCUGGCCCGGAGCGGCCUCAUGUCCGCCCGCUCGGCCGAGUCCCUCCUGGAGUCAACCAAGCUCCGGCCCCGGGAGGUAGAUGGGCUGAGUUCCGGGAGCAUCAUCUAUGCCUCCCCGACGUGUAGCCGGAUGGCGGACUCCGCCUUGGGCUUCCGGGGCCUUGUGCCUUCUGAGCCCCUCUCCGCCUGCUCAGAUGAGCUGGACCGCUGCUCCAACGUGUCCAGCGACAGCCGAGAGGGCAGCAGCGGCAGCGUUCACGGGGACUUCCCCAAACACCGCCUCAACAAGUGCAAGGGCACCUGCCCGGCCUCCUACACCCGCUUCACCACCAUCCGCAGGCACGAGCAGCAGCAGGCCUCCCGGCGGCCCGACUGGCGCCCGGAUCCCCGGGGGGACAAGGGCACGCUCCUCAGGAACAUCUACCUAAUGAGCCCCCUCCCCUUUCGCUUGAAAAAGCCCCUCCAGCACCCUCUCAGACAGCCUAGCCCCGGGGACUUAUCGGGCCAGAAGCCAGAGCCCCCCAGUCAGCCUCAUCGGGACGAACCUCCCUCCGAGGGGACGCCCUCGGUGCCCAAACGCCUGUCCUCCCGGUUCACCAUGGCCCGGCUGAGCCGGAUCUCAGAGCCCCCUCAGGAGAGACCCGCGACCCCGGAGCUCUGCCCACGGGCCUUUAGUAACGGGAACUCUGUGCCAUACUCAGACCAGGGCCUGGACAAGAACAACAACCCCCGCGCGGAACUGGGGGCGCCCCUCGGAGGUGGCCUUCUGUGUGUCUGGCCGGUCUCGCCUCACCCGUCCCUCCAUUCUGCUUGCUGUGUUCCCUCCUCCCCGUGCCCUUGGUGCUCAUUUUCUGGUCCGUCCUUUGUUUUCUGUUUGUUUUGCUUGGCAAUUAAUCAUGGCUCGUAGUGGCUGCUCUUCUUUAAAAACAGAUUCCCCAUGUCAUUUAGACUAACCACCAAACUCUGUUUCGAAAGAAAAAUUGGCCGUUUAGCUCAUCUGAGAAAUCUGUUGAUUUGAACUCCUGAACCCCUUGCAGUUCACACCAAUCCUGACUUACGCUGAGGUUUUUUGAGAGGCAGCCUCUCUCGGUGGCCCUGUGUGUGUGUGUGUGAGUGUACAGUGUGUGUCCUGUAAGACCCUGCACGCCUUAUUAAUAGGGACACCUUUCUAAGACGGUCCUCUCUUUGCUCACUUUUGGCCUCUUGUUAGUUUUCUGUGUAUGAAACUAGUUCACAGGUAGAUCCAAAAAGCAGGAGGGAGGGGGUUUGGGUUUUUUCCUUCAGAAUUUGGAUACUGAUCACCAAACGACAAUGGUAAAAACUUGAUAUUUAUCAUGGAUGAAAGGUGAAAUCUUUUCCCAAUCUGGUUUCCCACUAAAUCUUUGCCUGUUUUAA